AUGACUACACAAUUACCGGAAGUUCCAGCGUUGUAUCCUUCUGAUGAAGAAUUCAGAAAUCCAAUUGAAUAUCUUUCCACCCCGGCAAUUGCUAAACUUGGUGUUGAAUAUGGUAUGGUGAAGAUUGUCCCCCCUUCAAGUUUCAAGCCUCCAUUGUCUAUAAAUGAGUCCAGAUUCUCAUUUGUUCCAAGAGUACAGAAAUUGAAAGAGUUGAAUAUUGUGAAUAGAUGCAGAUUGUUCUUUUUCAAACAGUUGUUGAAUUUCAACAAGAUGAAUAGGAAACCAUUACCAAGGGAAAGUUUUGAAGAAUUCCAAGGUGCUAAAGUCCAUUAUUAUGAUUUUUUCAUUGAAGUUGUGAAAUAUUACAAAAAUUUGGAACCAAAUAAGUAUUCUGGGAAAACAUUACCAAAUCUAUCAAGCCAUAUAAUACUUAAUGAUUCAAAUCUUUGGAACGCAUUGUCACUACAUUUCAAAGUUAUUAUACCCUUACUACAGCAUAUGUAUGUUGGUAAAAUGAGAGAUUAUUUUGAUUUUUUGAGCCAGAAACCCGAGUUUACAAACACUUUGAUCGAGGAAAAAUAUCCAACUUCAUUAUUGAGUGACCAUGAAUCUGACAGUGAAUCUGAUAAUGAAAGUGAUGAAGGUGCUUGUCUUGUUUGCAAAAAAAAUGAUGACCCAGAUAAUACUCUUCUGUGUGAUUCUUGUGAUAAGCCUUUCCAUAGACAAUGCCUUUCACCCCCAUUGAGCAAGAUUCCCAAUGAUAAUUGGUAUUGUGACAAUUGUGUUAUUGGAAAUGGGUAUUAUGGCUUCAAGGACUCGUCAAUUAGAUAUUCAUUGGAAGACUUCAAGAGCUUAUCAGAUGAUUUUGACAAGGAUUAUUUUAAGGGACAUAAACCAGGCAUAAAUGUUUUAGAACAAAUGUUUUGGGGACUGGUGGAUGAUAUUGACAAUGAAUUGAAAGUGAAUUAUGGUGCUGACAUUCAUAAUUUGAAAAAAGGUGAAGUCUCUGGAUUCCCAACAAGAGAAUACAUACCCAAGUCUCAAACACUCAACAAGGAACAGUAUAAUUCAUAUGCACAACAUCCAAUGAAUUUAAACAAUCUACCGUUUGAUAAAAGUUCACUUUUGAAUUAUCUAGAUGUUGAUAUCUCAGGGAUGACUAUUCCAUGGAUUUAUAUCGGUAACACUUUUAGUACGUUUUGUUGGCAUGUUGAAGAUCAAUACACUUUAAGUGCAAAUUAUCAACAUCUGGGUGCAACAAAGAAAUGGUAUUCAAUCCCAUCUGUUUUUGCUGAAGAAUUUGAAAGCUAUAUGAAAAAUUUAGCACCUGAUCUUUUCGCAAAGCAACCAGAUAUUUUACAUCAAUUGAUUACUUUAGUUUCACCUUAUGAUCUUGUGAAGCAUGGAAUCAAGUGUUUUACCACGAAUCAACAACCAGGGGAAUAUGUUGUGACAUAUCCAAGAGUUUAUCAUGCUGGUUUUAAUGCUGGUUUUAAUUUUAAUGAAGCUGUUAAUUUCACAAUGGUUGAUUGGUUAGAUUUUGGUGUUUUGGCAACUAAUAACUACAAGAAAAAUGUGGACAAAAUCUCAGUUUUUGAUAUCUAUGAAAUGAUUACAAAUAUAUUGACAGCUUUCAUUAAUAAUGAGGAAGCAAGUGAUAAAAGAUUGAUUCAUAAAUGCUUAGAAUUGUUGAAACCAAGAUUAACUGAUGAGUAUUCUUUACAAUCUACAAUAUUGGAAAGACUUGAUGUGAAAGUUCAAAAACACAAGAAAAUAAAGAUCCAGAAGAAUGGAUCAGAUGAAGAUGUUGAAGAAGAUGGGGUUUUAUGUUCACAGUGUAAAGGUUUUUGUUCAUUUGCAUAUGUCAAACACUAUGAAUUAGUCAAUACUCAAGGACCAAAAACAGUUGGAUAUUUACCAUCACCAAGAUCUUCCCCUGAGGAAUCAAGCGAGUCUAAAAGAAGAAGUUCUAAAAGAAUAAAGUUGAUGAAGGAUAGUGAAGUUUAUAAAUCAAGUGUGUUAUGUUUGGAGGAUUAUUUGAAAAAGGAUGCUAAUAAAGAAAAAGAUGAGUUUUUCCAGGUUAAGGAUAAAGAAAUUGUUAAACAAUUGAUUAUUGAUGCUGAAGCAACUUUGGGAAAGGUUUAA